CCGACGCUGUUGCAAAUAGGGGCCCAGUAGGGCAUAUCGAGGCCUUUGCCUCGUAGAAAGCUAUGGCGGGAUCUUUGUCAUGUUGUUUUGCGGAGGAGGAGCGGAAGAAGCAGCGGAAGCAGCAAAAGAAGGAGCGGAGCGGCAGGAGGAGCGGCAGGAGGAGUGGGAGAAGGAGCGCGAGGGGAAAUGGGAAGGAGCAGGAGGAGGAGCAGGAGGAGGAGCAGGAGGAGGAGUGGGAGGGGAAACGAGAAGGGGCGGAGGAGCAGGGGGAGGAGCAGGAGGAGCAGGAGGAGGAGCAGGAGGAGGAGCAGGAGGAGGAGCAGGGGGAGGAGCAGGAGGAGGAGUGGGAGGGGAAACGAGAAGGGGCGGAGGAGGCGAGGGAGGAGGAGCGGGAGCCUUUCUUUUCGUAGGAGAUGGCUAUGGAGGGAUCUUUGUCACGUUGUUUGGCGGAGGAGGAGCGGGAAAAGGAGCGGGAGCAGCAGCAGGAGCGGGAGGAGGCGCGGGAGGAGGAGCGCGAGGAGGAGGAGCGGGAGGAGCGGGAGGAGCGGGAGAAGGAGCGCUAGGGGAAAUGCGAAGGGGCGGAGGAGGCGCGGGAGGUGGAGUGGGAGAAGGAGCGGAAGGGCGAACGGGAAGGGGGUUAACGGAUGCGAGGACGAGCGGGAGGACGAGCGGGAGGACGAGCGGGAGGACGAGCGGGAGGACGAGCGGGAGGACGAGCGGGAGGAAGAGCGGGAGGAGGGAUGGGCGGCAAAGCAGGAGAAGGAGGAGGAGCAGGAGGAGGGGGAGGAGCAGCAGGAGGGGGAGCGAGAGAAGGAGAGGGAGGAGCAGUGAGAGGAGGAGCGGGAGGAGGAGGGGGAGCCUUUUUUGUUUUUUUUCCGUAGGAGAUGGCUAUGGUGGGAUCUUUGUCACGUUGUUCGGCGGUGGACGAGCGGAAGGAGCGGGAGCAGCGGCAGAAGCGGGAGGAGGAACGGGAAGAGGAGUGGGAGGAGGGCGGAAGGAGGGGCGGGAGAAGGAGCGGGAGGGGAAACCGGAAGGGGCGGAGGCAGCGCGGGAGGGGGAGCGGGAGGUGGAAUGGGAGGAGGAGCGGGAGGGGAAACGAAGAAGGGGUUGACGAACGUGCGGGAGUCGGGUAGGGAAAGUGGAACAAGGGAAGGGAGGAAAGGGGUGGUGGAGGAAGGGGUGGAUGGGGACCCACUCUCUCUCUCUCUCUCUCUCUCUCUCUCUCUCUCUCUCUCUCUCUCUCUCUCUCUCUCUCUCUCUCUCUCUCUCU